AGGUGUGCGUCCUGGUGGCUGCCAUUACCUUUUCCUUCGAGAUGGCUGUGCAGGUCCCCAGCCUCCUCCUCGCAGCAGCUGCGGUGCUGAUGGUGCUGAGCAGCCCGGUGGCCCAGGGCAGAGACUCCCCAAGGGAUUUCGUGUACCAGCACAAAUGCCAGUGCUACUUCACCAACGGGACGCAGCGCGUGCGGUAUGUGAGCAGCUACAUCUACAACCGGGAGGAGUUCGUGCGCUACGACAGUGACCUCGGCGAGCACCGCGCGGUGACUGAGCUGGGGCGGCGGGACGCCGAGGACUGGAACAGCCAGAAGGACGUCCUGGAGAGGACGCGGGCCGAGAUAGACACGGUGUGCAGACACAACUACGAGGUGAUGGAGGUCCGCAUCUCCCUGCGGCGGCUCGAGCAGCCCAAGGUGACCGUCUACCUGUCCAGGAAGGAGGUCCUCAACCACCACAACACGCUGGUCUGCUCGGUGACAGAUUUCUACCCGGCCCAGAUCAAAGUGCGCUGGUUCCGGAAUGGCCAGGAGGAGACAGUGGGGGUGGUGUCCACGAAGCUUAUUAAGAACGGGGACUGGACCUACCAGGUCCUGGUCAUGCUGGAGAUGACCCCUCAGCGGGGAGACGUCUACACCUGCCAUGUGGAGCACCGCAGUCUGCAGAGCCCUGUUGCUGUGGAGUGGAGUGCACAGUCUGAGUCUGCCCAGAGCAAGAUGCUGAGCGGCAUCGGGGGCUUCGUGCUGGGGCUCAUCUUCCUCGGGCUGGGCCUUUUCGUCCGUCACAGAAAUCAGAAAGGACCUCGAGGGCCUCCUCCAGCAGGGCUCAUACAGUGAUUCCUGGUGUUCUGGCUGAGUUG